AUGUACGCUCUGCGAUCUCUUCUGCUUCUGCUGUUGCCUCUGUGUCCCGGUCCUGGUCCUGGACCUGCUAUCGAGGCAAAGGUCACCCGGAGUUGCAUUGAGACCCGGCAGAUCCUGGGGGCCCGGGGAUAUAGCUUAAGCCUACUCCCUCCCGCCCUGAUCUCAGGUGAGCACCUCCGGAUCUGUCCCCAGGAGUACACCUGCUGUUCCAGUGAGAUAGAGCAGAGGCUGACCUGGGAGACUGAGACCACCUUCCGAGGCCUGGUAGAGGAGAACGGCUCCUUCUUGGUUCACACACUGGCUGCCCGGCACAGAAAAUUUGAUGAUGUUUUUCGGGAGAUGCUCUCAUCAGCUGAGCACUCCCUGUCCCUGCUCUUCCACCGCUCCUUCGGCCGCCUGUAUGCCCAGCACACCCUCUUAUUCAGUGGCCUGUUCUCUCGGCUACGGGACUACUAUGAGAGGUCCGGUGAGGGGUUAGAUGAUGCCUUGGUGGAUUUCUGGGCUCAGCUCCUGGAGAAAAUGUUCCCCCUGCUACACCCACAGUACACCUUCUCCCCCGACUACCUGUUCUGCCUCACACGCCUGGCCUCCUCUGCUGAUGACUCUCUGAAGCCUUUCGGGGACUCACCCCGCCGCCUCCGCCUGCAGAUAACCCGAGCCCUGGUGGCUGCCCGGGCCUUUGUCCAGGGCCUGGAGACUGGAAGAGAUGUGGUCAGCGAAACACUUAAGAUGCCGAUGUCCGAAGGCUGCAGGCGGGCUGUGAUGCGUCUGACAGGUUGCCCCCUUUGCCGGGGGGUCCCCUCGCUGCCACCCUGCCGGGGCUUCUGCCUCAACGUGGCCCAUGGCUGUAUCGGCAGCCAGGGAUUGGAUCCUGACUGGGGGCCCUACCUGGAUGGUCUCCUGUUCCUGGCUGAGAAGAUCCAGGGCCCCUUUUCCUUUGAGUUAGCAGCCCAGUCCCUCGGGGCGAAGAUCUCAGAGGGUUUGAUGCACCUGCAGGAAAACAGUGUGGGGGUGUCAGCCCAGGUGUUCCAGGAGUGUGGGAGCCCCCAACCCACGCCGGCCCGCGCCCGCCGAGCCCCGGCCCCGCGGGAAGAGGUGAGCCGGCUCUGGUCGGCGGCGGCGGCGGAGGAGCGGCCGGCAACCGCUGCGGGCUCCAGCCUGCCCCAGCUGGUGUGGGAGCUCCGCGAGCGGCUGAGCCGAGUGAGAGGCUUCUGGGCCGGGCUGCCCCUGGCGGUGUGCGGGGACCCCCGCAUGGCGGCGGACCUCUCGCAGGAGGCGGCGCCCUGCUGGACCGGAGCUGGGCAGGGCCGGUACUUGUCACCCGUGGUUGGGGGCUCCCAAGCUCAGCACCUCGACAACCCAGAGCUGGAUGCGGAAGCCUCGAGCCCCGACCUUCAGACGCGGAGGCGGCGGCUGAAGCUGCGCGCAGCCACGACCAGGAUGAAGGCGGCCGCCCAAGGACGCGACUUGGAGCAGGAGGACUGGGAGGACGCUAGCGGCUCCGGAGAGGGACAGCACUAUGCAGAUGACUGGAUGGCUGGGGCAGCAGCUGCGGCCCCCCCAGGCCGGCCUCUUCGCCCUCCUCGAAGGGAUAGUGCUGGGGGUAAAGGAGGCGAUGUCCUUAUCCGCCACAACCAGGACAGGAACAGGACUGGAGGGACAUCUAUUGGUUUUCAUGCCCAACCUCUCCUCAUUCUCUUCCUCUCAGCCCUCGCCCUGCUUGGACCUCGAUAACAGGGGAGGGGUGCCCUGGCAUCAGA